AAAAGAUAUCUUCCACAACAGAUUCCUCAUAGACCUUAUUAUAUCUUUCCCCAACAAAUUGUAAUACAACCAGUAAUGCAGUCUCCUCAAAACUUUUCUUAAUUUGUACCGGAUCCAAAUAAAUGAACUCCUAUUUCUUAUUCUGAAAUUGUUCGAUCAACAGAAACCCUGUUGAAAGAUACAAAAACGAUCGAAAGUUGGCAGUAAAGAAGGGAGAGUGAAGCAGACGCAGAGCAAGGAGAGAAGGAUGGAGUGAUGCAGGCAAAGGUGCGGUUUUAUUGGUAAACUAAAAUCCCAAGUCUGAACGCAAUAAUAAAAAACCUGAUGUUUUUUUUAAAACUCAAAAACGAAAAUUGACCCGUACUGAUACGCUCACCUUCCUCCAUUAAAGAUCCUUUCCCUGAAGGACACUUCUCUGUGUUACUCUUAGCGCCUUCAUUUCUUUCUAAGCAGCGCAGCAGACUCUCACUUUAUAGGAAAAGAAAAAAAAUGCAGAGCUUCAAAGCUGCAGCUCCUACAAACCCAUACAUGUUUCGCCACUCUUCUUUUUUUUCUCAGGUAUAUUUACUUACAGGAGACGAUUGUAAUAGCCGUCACCAGACGCGUUUCUCGGAUCUUGGUGAGCUUGAUCAUCCCGCUGCUGCUUUUCAUCGCGAUUAUGCUGUCGAUUUGAGCCCAAGCUCCAUUUUUACUUUAAAAUCCAGCAAUGUUGCUGUUGUUGCUAAUAGCUUGCACUUUGGCGCCUUGAACACCAUUGGGUUAACAGAGAUAGUUUCAACUGGAACGGGGUGCUUGGACACAGGACAUUUCAUGUAUGAGAAGGGGACAACAUUUGGUGCCUCGUUGGGAAGUGGGCAUAUAGAAAACUGGGGUAACUCUGGCCUUGCUGAUAAUAGCCAACAGACUGACACCUCUACCGAUGUUGGCACCGAUGAUAAAAACCAGCUUCAUGGAGUUCAACGUGGAGCUAUUAUUACGGUGGAUUCUGUGGAUCAAUCCAAGUCAAAAACUUGUGACCAAAAGACACUUCGCAGGCUGGCUCAGUAUCGAGAAGCUGCAAGGAAGAGUAGGUUGAGGAAAAAGGUAUAUGUCCAGCAGCUUGAGAAUAGUCGACUUAAGCUCAUGCAACUAGAGCAAGAGCUUCAAAGAGCACGACAGCAGGGUAUUUUUAUUGCAUCUGGAAUUUCUGGGGAGCAUGGCCAUUCAGUUACUGGAAAUGGGGCCUUGGCCUUUGACAUGGACUAUGCUCGCUGGCUUGAUGAACAUCAACUACUGAUAAAUGACCUAAGAUCAGCUGUAAAUUCUCAUAUGGGAGAGAAUGAAUUGCAUAUUCUUGUUGAGGGUGUCAUGGCACAUUAUGAUGAGGUUUUCAGGCUAAAAAGCAUUGGUGCUAAGGCAGAUGUAUUUCACAUGCUUUCUGGCCUGUGGAAAACACCUGCAGAGAGGUGUUUCAUGUGGUUGGGAGGAUUUCGCUCUUCUGAACUGAUCAAGAUCCUUAAAAAUCACCUUGAUCCUUUGACAGACCAGCAAUUAAUGGGCAUAUGUAAUCUGCAGCAAUCCUCCCAACAGGCUGAAGAUGACUUGUCACAAGGAAUGGAAGCUUUGCAACAAUCUCUAGUAGACACCCUUUCAUCUGCAUGUUUAGGUCCUACUGGUUCUGGAAAUGUUGCUGACUCCAUGGGCCAUAUGGCAAUUGCAAUGAGCAAGCUUGCCAUAUUGGAGAACUUCCUUCACCAGGCUGACCUUUUGAGACAGCAAACUCCGCAGCAAAUGCAUCGAAUUUUGACCACUCUUCAAGCAGCACGGGCCCUGCUAGCUAUUAGUGAUUACACUUCUUGGCUCCGGGCACUUAGCUCUUUAUGGUCAGCCCGACCUAGGGACUGAUUCUUUCAUUCCAUGAAGCUCUUCUUGAUUUCAUUAAUGCUUUGCACAGAAUAGUUCUGCCAUUCACCUUCUUUUGAAACUAAUUGAAGAUGCUGGGAUGGCGAAGGUGAAGCAUGGUGUGAAAUGUCCCGUGAUGGCCUCAAUUAUGUUUGCUGUCGUUGUAAUUUUGUUAGCAAUCUUAGGGAAAUUUCCGCCUAUUGGCAGCAUGAAGAAGAGAGCUGUAUAUUAAGUAGGAUCUGAGCGUGUGUUGUGAUUGUCGGUAGUAAUCUCACAUUUCAGGCAUA